AUGGGGCUGGAACAGCAGCCAACGGGCAGGCAGAAGCCCAAGCGAUCGGAAUGUCUCCCGCUUCCACACGACGAUCUCUUGCACUACUCCCGUUGCCUGAGAUUCGAGGAGCGAGAGAACCACCUGCAAAACGCAAAUCAAGACCUUCAGGGGCGGGUCGCCCACUGGCUUUCUCGAGUUCAACGGGUCCGAUCCCAUAUCGACUCCCGCCCCGAGGGGGAGUUCUGGACAGCCCGCCUCGCCGAUCAUCUGGCUGACCUCCGGUCCAAACCCCAGCCGCGAAGAGGGGAGAGGACCCUGGCCCAUACAUUGUCCCGCCUGCACAUUGGCAGCCGGAGCAGCCAGGUCAACAUCCCGACCAUACAAAUUGGCGGCAAAACGCUCUCGACAGAGUCAACACCAAACAUUGAUGCUGUGUUGUCAAGAUCACACCAUGUCGAAGAGGACGGUAAAGAGCACACUUACAAGGGACUGCAGGCUGCAGCGGUGUACUUCAAGGAUGGAAAGCCUCACUCCCACUCCAAGUUGCAGGGGAGCUUUCCUGAUCAAACCAUCCCCUUGGCCGACCUUCUCUCCAGAGAUGGCGAUAGGAGUGAGGCCAUUGCUCGCCAUUACAACGAGGUGAGGCCGGACAGGGGGGAUCUCUUCGAAAAGGCCAAAAACAACCCUAAGACGCAUGAGAUCCUUCGUCGCGUCGGCUGGCGCGGCCACUCGCGCGAGGGUGCUGACCGCCACGGCGCCCCUCACACCCGGCAAAUGGAUCCCGGCUGUGAAGUUAUUAAAGGAGGCUCCGGGAACACAAACGCCAUGUGCCUAUUUUCACCAUAUCUCCACUGGGAGACAGCCCAGGGUUGGGAGGGACAAUCCAAGGCAAUCGAGCAGGCCACUCGGACUGCUACCUUGCAGGACCCCUCAGCUUUACAAGUGCAUGAUAGAGUUGAGGACAACUUUCAUAAUGAGUUACGCGGCCACAACAUCAACGAGACGUCUCUUUCCGCCGUGGCCCAAGAAACCAUUGCCGCCUCCAUGAACCACUUUCGGCCCAUGGCAAUGCGCGCGACCACCCGCCGUGGCGUCAUUGGGAGGAUCUUGUUCGGCGCGGCGCGCAUCGCCAAACUCAUGACAGCAUACGAAGAUGACCAGCUCAUCGGCGACUAUUUGUACGCAAACCCGCCUUUGCAUCCGCGGCGGACCCUCCACCAGUCGUUCAACGAGUAUGCCAAUUUUCUGCGCGACACAAAGAAGCUCGACCAGGACCAGAUUGUGUACCGGGCAACGGCCAAGGUCCGGGACACGACUCGCCAGGGUUGCAGUAAGUGGUGUCAGUGCCCAGACUGUACUGCGGAGAGAUCUACAUCAUCACGGCUCUUGAUGGUAGACCAGCUGUGGAUUUUCGUGUUGGACGAGAACACCAUCAUCACCAGCUUCCCCCAACGCUGGGGCUCGUACUUUGCUAGUGACCCGUCUGGCGUGCACACUCGUGUCCGGGAUCAGUUGAGAAGGGGAGAGCGGGAAAUUGGGAACCCAUAUGAUCUCGUCCUUUCCGUGUUCGAUGUCUGCUGUCGGACUUUCUACGAGAACACCUCCUUCGAAGACCGGCAACCCCUCAUGAAUUACAUCUUCACUGACUCGAUCAACUUCGUGACAACACGGGAGCUUGCCGCCCGUCAAGAGCUAGCCGUUCUAGCUCAAGAGAUUUGGACAGCGUACGGCUCCCCAGACAAGGCCCAGAUUGCGGAGGCGCACAAGGCGCUCAUGAAUAUCAACCCCGAGGCCGGCCUGAUGAAGCAAGCCGACAAUAUCCUUAGCGACCUCGGAAUUAUCCGCCAGAUCAAGUCCAUCCAACGCGAGGUUCUAGAAAAGUACCACAUCCACGUCGCCCGCCGUCUCGUACCCAAAUACGGGCUGGGCGUUAACAUCACGCUACCACACACCCCCGCGCUGCGAGACGUUAGGCGCAUGCGUGAGGAACUGGACGACGGGCAGGACAUAUUCGACGACAAGAAGUCCGCCGCGAACUGGACGCUCGAGUGCGCCGACGAGUCCGAGCUGUUCCUGUCCGACCAGUACAAGCAAAUCGACGGCCUCCACACAGCAGCCGAGCACUGCCACAAGCGGCUCCAAGACCUCCUUGACACCAAGAGCCGUUACGCUGGAAUUGUCUCGGCCUGGGAGGCCGUGGCCAACAGUAUCGAGCAGUCCAACCAGGGCAAAUCGAUCAUGCUGUUUUCCGUCCUCAGCAUCAUCUUCCUCCCCCUCUCCUUCAUCACCAGCGUCUUCGGCAUGAACAUCCAAGACUACCGCAUCGGCCUCGGCACCCUUGCCGAAGAGCUGUACUACGUGUUCGGCAUCUCGCUCGUCGUCAUCUUCUUCUCGCUCCUGCUCGCCUUCGACAAGUUCUCCCUGGCCCUCUUACUCUACUGCAUCAACGUACCCACAAAAUGGGUCAUGACGCGGCUCGCGCUGCUGUGGCAGCCCGCCAGCCUGCAGCGCACGCGCAACUACCGCCGCCUCAACGAGCUGCGCGUGCGCGCCGUGCGCCAGAUGGAGGACGAGAUCGAGCGGGUGCGGCUGGUGCGGGAUACGAAGCUGUUUUGGAAGACGGUCGAGGCCGAGCAGGCGAAGAGGAGGGCGCAGGGGCCGCCUGGGGUGGGGGGGAUGAGGGCUAGGGUGAGGAGUGGCGGGUUUGAGGUUUGAUGUUUGAUGGCCUCGGGGCUCUCGGGCUGGGUGGGACUCAUGGGAGGAAAGGGGUUUUAGGGAUACUUUUUAUUGUUGUAACUUAUGAUUGCUUUGACGGUACGAGACGUUGUAUUUGAGAAUAUCGCACUAUUGCGCGUAUGGCUCCGGCUUACCGUGCCGCCAAUGGGGG